UGUGAGUGUACGUGCCUGACGAAACUGAACACUGUUGUAGUCCUUAUUUAGCAACUUGUUAGCAACAUACUUUUUUAAAACAUGACGGCUUCAAAAUGAACAUUUGGGGUAUGAUUGUUUUUAAUUAAAGUUUGCAGAACAAAACAUCCAUGUAUCUUCAUGUAAUUUUUACCACAGACAUUAUUUUACUCCUUAAUUUAAAACUGCCAUGAAAAAAAAACUUGUUGGAACCCAUGGCUUGAAAAUGCUAAUUCUCUUCAGGGUUUUUGGACAACAACCUGAACAGCUCUAUUCCGUUGUGAAAUAAGACAUGAGCAAGUUGACAGGUUUUCGUGAGAUUCACCCUUUUAGCAGAAUAUUCAGUGCUCAACUCUAAAGUAUUUCAUUGGCCUGAAAUUGCUCUUUGUGAGUACAAUCUGUGUUUAAAAAAAAAAAUGUAUUCCUUAAUUCCAGUAAUUUCAAACAACUGGAAAAAUCAUGGGAAAAAGUUUGGCUUAUUCUUUGGAUUUUAUUUUCUAUGAUUUAUAAGUGACGUUAUCCAACAAUAUGUUCAUUCCGUGUUCUUUUGAUUUUCUUGACAUCAUGAUCAUUUAUGACUUCUAUGUUAGCAGUGCGUCUUAUAGGGUUAUGUUUUAAUUUAUUAAAUUUUUUAAUCAUUAUAACAUGAAAACUUCCCAACCGAAUAUACAAUUUCAGUACAGAAUUGCGAUUUCUGAAGUUUCCCCCAGCACAGCUGAAUAAAUCUGAAUGAAAUUUUUAAUUUUUUUUUUGUUUAUUUUAAAUGUUUGGACGUGCUUUUGAAUAUAUUCAUAUUAGUAAUACAGGUAGGGAAUGUACAUGAGUAUGAAUGCACAGGAGAUGCGCAGGCAGCAGUUGUUACAUCAUUGCUGUGAGCUGAGUGCAGCUCAUACAGCGCUCUGUCACCAGUGAUCACAAGUGCACAUGAAGUGACACAUAAUGCCAAUAGUUGACAAGCUCAAAGAGGCCCUAAAGCCGGGCCGCAAGGACUCCAGCGAUGAGGGCGACCUCAACAAGUUGCUGGCUUCGUCCGCCAAGAAAGUGCUGCUGCAGAAGAUAGAGUUUGAACCAGCCAGCAAAGGCUUCAGCUACCAGUUGGAGACCCUCAAGACGAAAUAUGUGAUCUUGAAUCCCAAGAAUGAUGGGGCAGCAUCACAGAGAUCACUCGAGCCUGCUCCGAUUAAGAGACAAAUCUCGGAGAACCUGAACGUUGGGAACGAUGGGAUCCCUGCUCCACAGAAGAUGCUCUUCCCUGGAAACAAGCUCUCCAUGAAGUGGGAGCGGGUGUAUCGGGUUGGAGCCGGACUCCACAACCUGGGCAACACCUGCUUCCUCAACUCCACUGUGCAGUGUCUCACCUACACCCCACCGCUAGCCAACUAUCUCCUGUCGAAGGAGCACAGCCGAUCCUGUCACCAGUCUGGAUUCUGCAUGAUUUGUGUAAUGCAGAACCACAUCAUCCAAGCCUUUGCCAACACAGGCAAUGCCAUCAAACCUGUAUCUUUCAUCCGAGACCUGAAAAAAAUUGCUCGCCAUUUUCGAUUUGGGAGCCAGGAGGAUGCUCACGAGUUUUUGCGUUACACCAUUGAUGCCAUGCAGAAAGCUUGUCUGAAUGGAUAUCCAAAACUGGACAGGCAGACCCAGGCCACCACGCUCGUCCACCAGAUUUUUGGGGGUUAUUUAAGGUCCCGAGUGAAGUGCUCCAUUUGUAAAAGCGUGUCAGAUACGUAUGACCCAUACCUAGACAUCGCUCUAGAGAUUCGGCAAGCGGCUAACAUUGUCCGUGCUCUGGAGCUGUUUAUCAAGCCUGACUUUUUGAGUGGCGAGAAUGCUUACAUGUGUGCCAAAUGUAAGAAGAAGGUUCCAGCAACUAAGCGGUUCUCAGUACACCGAACAUCCAAUGUGCUGACGCUGUCACUUAAACGCUUUGCCAACUUCAGUGGAGGAAAAAUUACCAAGGAUGUUGGCUACCCAGAGUUCCUCAACAUUCGGCCGUACAUGUCGCAGAGCACUGGAGAUCCUGUGGUGUAUGGACUCUAUGCUGUCCUCGUGCACUCGGGGUACAGCUGCCAUGCUGGACAUUAUUACUGCUACAUCAAGGCUAGUAACGGACAGUGGUAUCAGAUGAACGACUCCAUGGUGCACUCCAGUAACAUCAAAGUUGUCCUUAAUCAGCAGGCUUACGUGCUCUUUUACCUGAGGAUCCCAGAGAAGAAGAAUACAGAUGCUUCAAAUACAAAACAAAACUUUGUGCAUUCUGGGAGGACUAAUAUGACCCCUGAGCAACUGAAGAAGAGCACACUUAAUGGGCCGCUGUCUUCACCGCAAGUUAUGAAGAAGCUUGAUCCUGCUCAGCUGAGGAAGAUCCAGUCUGUAGAUGGUGGUCUUGGCAUUUCAGUAGCCAGAAAUUGUUUGGGGCUCCAGUCGCCCAAGAUGUCGAACGGUACGGCCGCCUCCCAUGCGCUGUCCAAACAGUCCAGUGGCCCUACACUGAUCGAUGAGCCCUUUAAGAAGGUGAAGAAGCCCGCACCUCAGCCUGUGUCUCGCAGCAGCACCCCGGCUCUACCCAGUGGCCUCGCCAAAACCGACACUGACAAGAGGAGCAGCAGCGAGUCCCGCGGCCUGGCUUCAUCUACCUCACUCAAAUCCCUCUCUGAAUCCUCCUCAGCAGACACCUCCUCUCUGUCAAAAGAGUCGACUGGCACAAGGAGCGCACCAAUUGGUGACGCGUCAGGUGUGAGCGGUCCUGCAUCUCCUGCUAAGAGCACAGAGCGCGUGAACGCAGACGAUCAGAAGGUGGUGAAGCUUAAACCGCAGGCCCUCACCAACAUCACAUCAGAGCCCGUCAGCACCAUGUCCCCACCACCCGCCAAACGACUCGCCCUGUCCGCCAAGAAGGCCAGCCCCCGGCAGAGCCCGAGCAGCAGCACUGAAGCUCUUCAUCUGUCCAGUGACCCCACACAUCCCCUCAGCCCGGCCUCGCCCCACAUGCAACACAGAGUUCCAGCUCAUUUUCUUAACCUGCAGUCUCCAUCUUCAACUCAUCUCUCUAAAAAUUCAAGUCAUCUUAAACAGCCCUCCUUCACUCUUGUGCCCAAUGCCCCUGCUCACUCUCCACAGACCAAUGGCAUUAAGUCCCAGACGCCCACUUCACGACCAAUCCAGGGUCAGAACCCUUCAACCUCAGCUACAGGAUUCAGCCAGGGACUCGUCAGUCCUACGUUUAAAAAUAAAAAUAAAUUAAAGCGAAAACAUUCUGAAAUGGAGCAGGAAGCUCCUGAAGCUUCACUCCCAGAAGAACCAAAGCCAAACCGUGAAGACAAGAAAAAGAAGAAGAAGAAGAGGAAGAGAGAAGAGGCCAGUGGUCUUGAGGGACAGAGGGAGAAUGUGAGGUCCCAUCUCGAGUCUCAUCCGGGUGAGGAUUGGUAUCUUGGAGAAACCUGGAGCAUUGUCCAAGCAGCUGCUGAGUCAGAGUCGUCUAAAGCGCCAGAGAGUUCUCAAUCAGCUCAUACGGCUGGACUGCCAGUGAAGGACCACACCCUGAAGAAGAAAAAGAAAAAGAAGCACAAACUAAUGGAGCAGCAGGAAGAGUUCAGAAAUGGAGCCACAGUUUCCAAGUGUGCUUUUAUCAAAGAGGUUGAAGCAGCAAACACAAAGACUGAACAACUUCUAGAGACAAAGAUAAAAAAGAAGAGGAAACACAAACACUUGAGAGAAAAGGAGAAAAAACACAGGGAGAAACGAGCACUUCAUGUGGAUCUUCAAGAGACCAAUGGAGAAGAGCCUCUUAGUCAGAUGAGCAACGUGGACAUGCAGAGACCUGGUAAAAUGAGCACAGCUGCUGUGAUCGUUUGGGACAGUCAAGUUCAGGAUGGCUUCAAGCGCAACCUGAACAAUGACGAUGCAGAGGGCGUGUCAAGGAAAGGCCUGUGCUCUGCCCCUCUAGGUUGGGAUGGCAAGAAAAGCUGUGAUGUGGUUCAGGAGCUUCUCAAGAGCGCUUCUGAUAAAGCCUAUGGAACUGCAGUGCUCAGUUGGGAAGGAGAGCAGUCGGCCAUCAGCAGAGAUGCCAUAGAAGACACCCACUAUGCCCAAAACUGUACUGUCAUUGAUGAGUGGGACGAGGAUUUUGACAGUGGAAAAGUGAAGAAAAUUAAAAAAUACAAAAAGAAGAAGAGGAGAAAUGGCAAUGUCUUCCAGAAGAUCCAAGAGCAUCGUAACAUGUGGUCAGUGACGCCGAGCGGCAGGCGGAGCAGUUUUGGUUAUCGACACUGAAAGUUUUGAAAUGAGGAUCCUGUUUGUGUUCCCUGACCAGACCAGCUGCCUUGUUGGAUCAGAAGCUUUGUGAACUGUCUCCGGUUCUUCCGCUGAAGUCCUCCCAGAAUGCAGCAGUACUGUGAAAUAAUUAAAGCAAUGAGGCUGAGGUCAUCUCCUGAUGCUUUAGUCACUGUCUAAAAUCUAAAGUGUACACAACAAAUAGUGGCAUUAUGCUCUUGGGAUCAUGCGCACUGUAAUGCCAGCAGCCUGUUAACCUUCGGUCCUGACUACUAGAAGAAUAAUCCAGAUCACCAAUGUCUACCAGGGCCGGUUUUAUCUAAACAAGAUGUCUAUUAGACUUUAGAGAGUGGCAAAUUGCUGGGCGGGCAUUAAUGACAAUUUCUGACAUCUAGAUAUGAUAACUUUUCAGAUUUCCCAAAAUGUCAUUUUCAGUCAGAUAAGUAUUGCAUUGUUUUAUGCAAAAAGAACAUUUCUUCCAUGAAAAA